CUGUUCUUGCCGGGGUGGGCGGGGCGAGACUGAAUCCGCUGUCUGUGGUCAGGAGAGCUGGGCGGUGUGUGGCUGAGGAGGGAGCGCUGGAGGUACCGGGGAGAGUCCGUUGUACGGAGCCGGGGGAGCCUGCAGAGCCCAAACAUUUAGAAGAUGACAGAAGAGGUGGUCGUGGUCGCCAAGUUUGACUAUGUGGCCCAGCAAGAUCAGGAAUUGGACAUCAAAAAGAAUGAGAGACUCCUGCUCCUGGAUGACUCAAAAUCAUGGUGGCGUGUGCGCAAUUCCACAAACAAGACUGGCUUUGUGCCCUCUAACUAUGUAGAGAGGAAGAACAGUGCCCGAAAGGCCUCUAUUGUGAAGAACUUAAAGGACACAUUGGGUAUUGGAAAAGUAAAGCGGAAAACAAACAUGCCCGAUUCGUCUUCCACAGCAGAUGAAAGUUUAUCGGAUACAGAACGUCUGUACGACCUUAACAUGCCAGCCUAUGUUAAGUUCACAUACGCAGCUGAAAGAGAGGAUGAGUUAUCUUUGGUGAAAGGAACAAAGGUGAUAGUAAUGGAAAAGUGCAGUGACGGUUGGUGGCGGGGCAGUUACAAUGGACGUGUAGGCUGGUUCCCGUCAAAUUACGUGACUGAGGAGAAUGAUAGCCCCUCUGGAGACCAAGUAGGAACUUUGUCUGAAAAAUUGGCAGCAGUUGUCAACAACCUCAACAAUGGCCGCUCGCUCCAUGUGGUCCAGGCUUUGUAUCCUUUUAGCUCAUCUAAUGAGGAGGAGCUUAAUUUUGAGAAAGGUGAAAUGAUGGAUGUGAUUGAGAAGCCAGAGAAUGAUCCCGAAUGGUGGAAAUGCCGGAAGAGCAAUGGCCUGGUGGGUCUUGUACCAAAGAACUACGUCACUAUAAUGCAGAACUUACAGCCCAGCUCGGGUUAUGAGCCAUUGCCACCCCGCUGUGAUUACAUAGGGCCUUCCGUCUCUGGACGCUUUGCUGGCCAUCCGUGGUAUUAUGGAAAAGUUACACGGCAUCAGGCAGAAAUGGCGCUCAAUGAACGAGGCAACGAGGGGGACUUCCUAAUCAGAGAUAGUGAAUCUUCGCCAAAUGACUUCUCUGUGUCGCUGAAAGCUCAAGGCAAGAACAAGCAUUUCAAAGUACAGAUGAAAGACAAUGUGUAUUGCAUCGGUCAGCGCAAGUUUACCACCAUGGAGGAACUGGUAGAACAUUACAAAAAGGCUCCAAUUUUCACCAGCGAGCAUGGCGAGAAACUUUAUCUAGUUAAGCAUUUGUCUUGAGAAGAACUUGUGGGAAAUGAGGGGUAAAACUCCAGGUUAAGGUGCAUUCACCAAAA